UUUAAAGUGAUGGAAGACAGUAUAUCAACCCCAAAGGAUCGCAGUAGAGUGAAUUCUCCUGCAAUUAUGAGUAAUCCAGGAACUCCCCGAUCAGAAGAUGUAAGAGCUACACCCUCCCCAAAUCAAAUGAGAAGGGGACACAAUCCUGCACAAGCCAUGCAACUCAGUCAGCAGCAACUGAUGCAGCUACAGCAGCAACAUCUUCAGCAACUCCAGAACCAGCAACUAGCACAGCAACAGCAAUCUCAAAGUAAAUACACCCAGCUGCUUGCUGUUAUUGAGGACAUGGGGAGAGAUAUUCGACCAACCUAUGCUGGGAGUAAAACCUCAGUAGAGAGACUGAAGCGUGGGAUUGUUCAUGCACGCAUUCUUGUUCGAGAGUGUUUGAUGGAAUGUGAAAGAAGUGCCAGGACCUGACAAAUUGUGUUAACGCUAAAGGAACAUUUUUGGCAUCUCUACGUAUUUAUGUUUUGUUUACUGGAGUAAGGAUUGAAAUGGUGGAUUUUGUCAAGUCAUUCUUGAAAUCAUUUUUAAACUUCUCAUUUUUAAGAGAAAAUCAUCAUUUUGAAAUUUACUGUUAUAAUUUGACAUCUACUUUCUAAUAUACAAUUUUUUUAGAACACAAGAAAAUUAUGUUUAUUUUCUGACAUCAUGCUGGGUCAUGAUGAUUUUCUUAAAUCUUCAUAUAUCUUCAUUCAUUUUGAAUUGUUAUUAUAGCUUCUAGUCUAUUUAUCAGGUUGCAUCAUAUAUUGUAACAUUUGUACAUUUGAUGCUGGAUCCUUAUCAAGUCAAUUGUCAAUCAUGGAAAAUAUUUUAAUUAGCACACUAUAUUAAUUUUUGCAAUGUUGAAGAAAUAAAUACCUGUGAAUUGAAAAAUAAUUUUGAAUAAAACUUUUGUCAAGUG